CAAAAUCAACACCAUAGAAAAUGGCUCCCUACCAAGCUCCCUCCCAACCCUCGCAGGAGCAGCUGGAGCGCCGACGAUUAGUUGGUGUCAACGCAGAAACUGUUACAGACGUUUCUUCCGUUGAUUUCCCCGGUCACUAUCCAGGCGAAGACCAUUCUUGGGAUGCUGCGAAGUUCAGAGACAAUUUCCAGGUCAAAUUCUACCAAAAUGAUCCUCUCGAAUCCUCCUUCUCCCUUAUUGGGUUAGAUGCCUCCGUCGCCAACGCUUUCAGGCGCAUUCUUCUAUCUGAGAUCUGGACUUUGGCGAUUGAAUACGUCUUCGUAUACAACAAUACCUCCAUAAUCCAAGACGAAGUCCUGGCGCAGCGGUUAGGCCUGAUUCCAUUCAAGGGCAACAAAAAAGGGCUGCGGGACUUCCUGCGGCCUUACCACAAGCCGGAGGAAGGGUCUGGGGAGAAAAUCGAGGGAUACGAUUACAAUACGAUCAUUCUAGCAUUGAAAAUCGAAUGCACGCGCAACGACCAAGCAGCAAGAGGAGAGACGAACCCGCACAAGGCAUACCAUAACGCACACGUCUAUGCAAAGGAUAUCGUGUUCAAGCCUUACGGUGAACAGACAAAAUACUUCUCCGGAGAAGGUGCAAUCCAGCCUACGAAUCCGGAUAUCUUGAUUGCCAAGAUGCGUCCAGGUCAGUGUAUCGACGUAGAGAUGCAUGCUGUCAUGGGCAUCGGGAGCGAUCACGCCAAAUUCUCACCGGUUGCUACCGCUUCAUACCGUUUACUACCAUCGAUACAGAUCCUGAAGCCAAUCAUCGGAAAGGAUGCAAAGAAGUUUGCGGCGUGCUUUCCUCAAGGUGUGAUCGACUUGGAACCAGUGACCAAGAAGGACGCUUCGAAGAAAGGCAGUGGAUUUGAGGGACACGAGGGAGAGAUGAAGGCGGUUGUCAAAGACGCCAUGAAGGAUACUGUCAGCAGAGAGUGCUUACGGCAUAAGGAAUUCGAGGGCAAGGUCAAGCUGGGAAGAGUCCGCGAUCAUUUCAUAUUCUCUAUUGAAAGCUUGGGGCAAUUCGACAGUGAGGAGCUCUUCAUUGAGUCGAUACAGGUUUUGAGGAAGAAAUGUUUAGCACUGAAGGAGAACUUGUCAAAUAUGGUACGAUAGAUCACGCGUCACAAGCAUUGCAGGAGUUGGGGGCAGGCGUUGGAUGGCUUCCUUGAUGCUAUCUAGAGAUAAGACCAGGCUCUCUUAGAGUCUGAAAGCCUGAAUCAAAAAUGGCCACUUUCAUAAUUCGUGUCUUCAUGAUAUCAUAUGCAAGUGUCUUCUAUGCCAGAAACCAUCGCCUCAUGAUACUGAGAAUGCUACUGGUUAGCUACCAUCCGUACCAAAGGGUCAUUUAGCAUGGCCGUUCGUCUCCGCCUUGACAAACUCGCUUGUAAACUUCAACCUGAACUUGAAAUCGACUCUGCCUAGUGAAGGAUCGGUGACUCCUAUUUCAUCCCCAUUUCCAAC